AUGGGCAAUGUGACGUUCCCUUGUCGCUGUUUCGCGUUCCCAUCCAGUCACUACGAGCUGCUCGUUGGUGAUACAAAGAAACUCGAGUUUUCUGUUAUUUCUGAAAAAGAAUUUUUGCAAAUUCCGGAAAACAUCUCGGCCUGCCAGCCGCUGGAAAUCCUUUUUGAUGAGGAUGCAUUCUGCUACGGACUCGACCUGACGUUGCAAGUACUGUAUAGCCCGGCAAAUGAGAUUGCUACAUCUGAUGACGAGCUGCAUUUCACGAAAGAGUUUCAAGUACCGCUUGCAAAGCCAGUAAAAAUACCGUGCCAGUAUUUGUGUCUUCCUGGUGUCUAUAGGUUCGCUGUGGUUACUGAUGGUCUGCUGGUUAAAGUAAGAUUAUUUUUCGCCAUUUAA